UGAACUUAACGAAUUCCCAAAACGCCCAACAAUUGACGCUGAAAUGGCCGUUCCCUCGAUAAUUUCAGGGGUUAUUUCAGUCCAUUAAUCUAAGGCAACGUCGAGUUUGGUGCCCAAAAUAUAUCACGUGGUAUUCUUUCCUUGUAAUAAGUGAAGCUUACGCGCGAGCACCACAUCCAGACACAGAGAGAGAGAGGCAGAGAAGAAGCUCCGGGGACCGUAAGAAUCGGAUCCGGGGUAUCUUCGGAGCUUCAAUCCAGGAAGAGUCGAAGCUUUCGGUUCUUUCUCUUUCUUUCUCAUAGGAUUUUCAAAUCGAUAAUAGCUUUAGCUAAGGUUCAGGUAUCGAAUAAUGGUAGAUUAACCGCCAGAAGCCACUUGAAAACAGUUGUGGAACGUUUCAGUUUUUGUGAAUUGUCUUUCUCAGUAUUGCGAUUCUUCAAAUUUAGCUACGUUUUGUCUUCAUUAAGAAAAGGUGUUGAAAGAAAUAUGCUUCAUUGGAGAAAAACUAGUUUUAAUUGCUGAUAGGUGUAAAUGUAUAACCUUUUAUGUGCUAUUCAAGGUUCAACAUUCUCUCAGAGAGUGAUUGAAAUAAGGGAACUUGAUUUAAGGGGUUAAGAUGCCACCUGUUGUGCUUUCUAAGCUAAACCCGGCAAUAUAUACUGGUUUUCAAAGGGCAAUUUCAGGAAGACAAGUUCGGUUGUGCAAUCCAACGAGUUCACUACUUAGACAGCGCACAUUGUUGUCUGCCAAUUCAGGGUUGACUCAGUUUUUGCCUUAUUCGAUUAAUUUGAUAUCGGAUAGUAGGUUUGUGCUGAACCAGCUUUGUACUAGGGCAAAAACGAUGGCUGUGUCUGGUUCCAAGGCUGUUUUUGGAGAUGUUUAUGUGGAUGAGUUAGUAGCAAGUUGUGGGAAUGGCUUGGACUCCUUAAAACCUACUGGGGUUUAUUUUCCUGAUAGAAGUCAUGGCAGUUGCCAGAAAGUUAGCAUGACUUUGAGAAAGCGAGAACAAACCAACAAUCGUUUUGUGUAUGGAUACUAUGUUUAUGAUGCAAUGCAGAGAAAUACCAAAUAUAACCCGCCUUUUGGUCCAAGGAUCAAAAGUAUUCACACCUCAUCUUUGUUGUGUUCAUGUGCUGGGGCUGCUCAUGAUGUGUCAUUUGAUGGCGGUUCUAAGGAUGAGCAGAUUGCAAGUUUGCCUGAACAAGCUAUUCCUGGUGAGAAAACCUUGACAUUAGUUUCAGGGUCAUGUUAUCUGCCGCAUCCUGCUAAGGAAGAAACAGGGGGAGAGGAUGCUUAUUUCAUUUGUGCCAAUGAACAAGCCAUAGGUGUAGCUGAUGGCGUAGGUGGCUGGGCAGAAGUUGGCAUUGACGCUGGAGAAUUUGCCCGUGAACUUAUGUCUAAUUCAGUGACAGCAAUUCUGGAUGAACCCAAGGGUUCCAUUGACCCAGCCAGAGUUUUAGAGAAGGCCCAUUCAAGCACAAAAUCACAAGGAUCCUCAACAGCCUGCAUCAUUGCCCUUACAGACGAGGGAAUACAUGCUAUAAAUCUGGGGGACAGCGGCUUCAUGGUGGUUAGGGAUGGUUGCACUGUCUUCCAUUCCCCAGUGCAACAACAUGGUUUCAAUUUUACAUAUCAAUUGGAGAGUGGUAAUAAUGGUGAUCUGCCGAGUUCUGGUCAGGUUUUCAGAAUUCCUGUUCUACCAGGUGAUGUCAUUGUCGCUGGAACAGAUGGGUUAUUUGAUAACUUGUACAAUAAUGAGGUUACUGCUGGUGUUAUUCAUGCUUUAAGAUCUGGCUUCAGUCCCGAAGUAACUGCUAAGCAGAUAGCUGCUUUGGCUCGUGAACGCGCAGUGGAUAAGCACCGGCAGACACCAUUUGCCAAAGCUGCUCUAGAUGCUGGUUUUCGCUAUUAUGGUGGGAAGCUUGAUGACAUCACUGUUGUUGUGUCUUAUGUUACUAGCUCUGCCAAAGUGAGGAAAAGAAAAGCCAUGAGAUCAUUCUUCUGAGAGCAGUAGCCGCUGAAAACAGAUUAUACAGCAUGACAAAUAGUCCUCAUGAUUGCAGGGAAGUUUAAAUAAAGCAGGAAAUUCACAAUUUGGUAAAAA